CUCUCAAAGUGUGCCAGUCAAGCAUAAGUUUGACCAGACAAGACAACUAUGGGAAAGUUACUAUAGAGGAGAUGUUUUAUUUUUUUAAAUGCAAAAUAAAACUACGUCACGCUCUAUAUGUUUUAAACACCUGCUAUUAUACUCCGGUAGCUGUCAUUCUGGAUAGUUAAAAAAUUUAUAGUGUCAUUUUGCAAAAUACGAGUUCGAUCCCAAAAAUGGGAGUGCUAACCAAGGAAGUUUUGGCAGAACUGAAGAAAGAAUAUCAUAAAUGUCGGUCUACCACUGACGUUGAACCUGCCCAAAAUAAUUCAGAAUCGAUGAUAGACCAGUUUUUGGAACAAGCCGAAGAAGACUCUUCGGAAUAUAUGAAACUGCUGUCUAUGAAAGCAUCGGUUUUAUACGAAAAGGCCAAGAUGUGUCUAAGCAAAAACCAGUUCGGACCCUGCAAAGAAUUCCUGGAGAAAGGUCUUUCCAUCAUUAAAGACCGCUCAGACCAUCCUCAGAUACAUUUUUUAUACCUAAGAAUUGUAAACUACCUUUCCUACGUCCUCUCAAGGACAUGCGAUCUUGACCAAGCAAAAAACCUUCUAGAAAGCAUAGUAAACGCCGAGCUGAAAAUAGAACCUUUGAUCUACAGCACUGAUGAUCUGUUUUCAAACAACCAAGUUGACCAAGCCAUUGCAAAUUCUAAAAUCCACAAACUGGUGAUCAACAACAUGCAAAUGCUUGGUUGGAUUUACGGAAAACUGGGUCUGACCGACCAGUACGCAGACAUGGUCCACAGAAGUCUCCAAAAGGAGUUGGAUACGAUCGAUGGUGACCCAAUUCAAUGGGCAGUUAGGUGUUACAGGCUGGCUUCACUGUUUUUGGCGCAAAGCAAAUGGGCGAAUGCCAGAUACCACCUCACAGCUGCUCAGAUGGUGCUUGAUCCGAUGGAAAUGGCGAUAAAUACGAAUACCGCGGUGUUCUAUAGAGUUCAGGCAGAUUUGGCAAGGGUUUGGGUAUGAUUUCUUACAAAGAACUUCAUAACAACAAGGCUGAAUGAGUAUUUUUUGAAAUCCCGUCAA